AUGAACCAGUUCUGUGGGGAGAAUUUUACUUCUUCUGGCUCCCAAGGCAACCUGUUACAACAACAAAUAAAAGGUUUUUAUACAAUGAGGAGAUAUCUGGGGAGUUGGUGGACAGCCAUUUUCUUUGCCUUACUCAUUAGUGAUCUCUCCUUGGUCAAGGCCAAAGGUACAAGACAGAGGAACAAGUCAAACAGAAAAAGCCUGCAAACCAAUCGGGCCAACCCAACCACAGUCCAGCCCCCAGAGAGACUCCAGGGGGCUUUCAUCAGGCAAGGAAGAAAGCUUGCCAUUGACUUUGGGGAGGAGGGCAAUAGCUACUAUGAGGCCCAUUACCAACUGUUCCCUGACGAAAUCCAUUAUGUUGGGUGCACUGAGUCCAAUGUCACGAAGGAUGUCUUCAUCAGCAACUGUGUGAAUGCCACCCACACAGCCAACAAGCUGGAACCUCUGGAAGAAAAAAACGCAAGUGAUAUUCACUCGAGGGUGAUGGAGCAAUUAAUAAUGGAAUUAUGUGCCCUCAAGCACUGUGAAUUUGGGACAGAGACAGGAUCUGGCCUUAAGCUGUCUUUAGACCAAUCCGUUAUGGUCUACCUGGUGAUUCUGGCUUGCUUUGUAGUGAAAUAAGCAAGCUCACAACCUGGCAAGGAAAGAUAAGCAAGCCAGCCACAGAGACCAAGUUAUCCCAGACCCUCUUCCUGCUUUCACAAACCUAUCCCUCCCGUAAAAAAACAAAAACCCAAAAAACUACCAAAUAGUAGUGAGUGUUGGCAUGUCAUAGGCAAUGUGCUUUAUGAUCUGACAAUAUUCAUUCCAUCCUUAACAUAUUCCAUCCUCUCCACUCUAAUGUCCUUCAGGAUGCCUUCCUACUAUGGAGGUGAUUCUGGGUCCUCAAAGGCUAGGCCAGCAGAGUCCAAGAUCUGUCAGGUUUUACCAAAAUAAAAAGAAUUCAAGAAUUGACUCAGUAAUAGGUUGUGUUCACAUCCAAGGACCAGCCAGGCUUAGUCUAAAGAGUCUCAUUGCCAGAAGGCUGGCCACCAGAAGAUAACUCCUUUUGGUCACAGAAACCUUUGAAGGCUGCCAGCAUGGUCUCGAGGUACUGCAGUCUACCUCAGAAGGAGAUUCAAUGAAACCAUAGGUCUAUUGUAAUAUCAAAUAUACACCUAACUCCAAAAUAAUGGCUUGGGAGCCCUUUUAGAGAGACUUUGCUCCAUCUGCCCUGGACCAAUCCCAUUUGCCACUGGAGAAGGAUGUUUGUGAGAAUGAUUGGGAAGAAACCACAGUGCUUUUAAAGAGACGCUAAUAAGUACUACAUUUAUUUACUCUGGAACAAGAUCACAGACAGUGCCAUAAUAUAAAAAUGUCAGUACCACAGGAGACUAGCCCACGGACUCUUAGUGGUUCACAAACCACAUAUUGAGAAAAUCCAAAGUAUCAAUUACACUUUAAAGUAAGUCUAUUAUAAAGAGCAUGUUAUUUGUCUGGUAUGAUUUGCCCACUGUUUGCAGUGUUCUUACCGGGGACAAACUGGAGAAGCACUUAAUGGUGGUGGCGGCUCACUCUUCUAGACCCCUCACUCUUUCUCAUAUUUCUAUAGCAUCUAGAGUGACAUCUGACUAAAAGGAUAUGAGGACAGGUAGCCACAGAAAAGACAAUCUCCAGUCUCCUGUAUGCCUGGCACACUGACAAAAGUGAUUAUGUUCACUAUUAACAGCCUAAUCACGUAGCUCGUCACCAGAAACAGAUGGUAUGGUCACUACAUUCUGCAUCCAUUGCUUCUCUCUAAUUCAAGGCUGCAGCUGACCGCUAAGUCUAAUGGCAAAAGAGCCUCUGUGCACCAACAGCCACUAGCAGACAGCAGCUAAGUUCUCUUGGCUCAUUCUGAUGCUCCAAUUUAAUGUUAUAUUUCUGACAAAGAAAUGAGCAUUCGUGGUCUGUGACUGGGAUUUCUAGUUCUGGAUGUCCCAGUCUAGUGCUCACCAUUGGGGAGAACUGGUCUUUGGAGAAGAAAUAAUAACUUUUAAAAAAAUUAUCUCUAAGGGGUUGUGACAGUAAAUAGCUUCAAGAACCCUUGUACAGUGUAUUUUCUGAACUUGCUGCCUACUCUCAUUCUAAAAACAGUAGCUUAGGAAACCAGACCUUAGAACAGGUUUAACUUGGACAUCAUGCAUUUUAUGGCAGAAGAAAGUUAUUUCUUCAGCUCUUGGCCAGUUGUUUACAAUGGUUUCUCCACAUGUUCUAUGUCCUUUACAUUCUAUGAAGAUUAGAUUCCAAUAAAGAUCUGAAGACUCUUUCCCAUA